UUUUUUUUUUUUUUUUUUUUUAGGGCUUUGAUGAAAAACCUAUAAAUUACUUCUUUACUGAGCAAUGGAGGAUUAUAAUAAUCAUCUAAACGAGAACUCAAAUCCGAGAGGCAAUUUCUUGUAUGCAUCAGCCAAUUCUUCAUCUGGUAAUUAUGGAAGAUCAAGCAAUCCGACGGCUCAGAUGCCUGCUCACACGUUUCAUCUUCAACAAGGAGCUGAUUGUUUUCAAGCCGAUCAAUCGCACCCGAUCGUCAAGUCAGAAGCCAGUACUUCCCACCACCAGCUCCUCAAAUUCCACUACUCUUUAGGACAGCCGCCGCCGCCGCCGCCGACGACGACGACAACAUGUCGGCCUGACGAUGACGGCGGCGUUGAUGUUGAAGCCAUAAAAGCCAAAAUCAUGGCUCAUCCACAAUAUUCCAGCCUCCUUGAAGCCUACAUGGAAUGUCAGAAGGUGGGUGCUCCGCCUCAAGUGGUGGAGCAGCUGGUGGCUGCCCGGCAAGAAUUUGAAGCACGGCAGCGAUCUUCCAUGGUUUCUGGAGAUUCCACGAAGGAUCCAGAACUUGAUCAAUUCAUGGAAGCUUAUUACGACAUGUUGGUGAAAUACCGAGAGGAACUUACAAGGCCAGUUCAAGAAGCCAUGGAUUUCAUGCGCAGGAUCGAAUCUCAGCUCAGUUCUCUCUGUAAUGGUCCAGUUCGGAUCUUCAAUUCCGAUGAGAAGUGCGAAGGUAUCGGAUCGUCAGAGGAGGAACAAGAGAAUAGCGGGGGAGAAACCGAGCUACCGGAGAUCGACCCGCGAGCGGAAGACAGGGAAUUGAAGAACCACCUACUGAGGAAGUAUAGUGGUUUCCUGAGCAGUCUAAAGCAAGAACUGUCUAAGAAAAAGAAGAAAGGGAAGCUCCCAAAAGAUGCAAGACAGAAGCUUCUUAAUUGGUGGGAGUUGCAUUACAAAUGGCCAUAUCCUUCAGAGACAGAGAAGGUAGCAUUGGCUGAAUCCACUGGAUUGGAUCAAAAGCAAAUAAACAAUUGGUUCAUAAACCAAAGGAAGAGACACUGGAAACCUUCUGAAGAUAUGCAGUUCAUGGUGAUGGAUGGCCUUCAUCCUUCCAAUGCAGCGCUCUACCUCGACGGUCAUUACAUGACCGAUGGCCAUUAUCGACUCGGACCGUGACCCACCGUCACGCUACUCAAGAAGGUUAGUUCCCUUAUAUCAUCCAAGAAAUUAGUUUGAUAAAUAAUAACGUUGCAUGCUUCAAGUUUCUUUGUUAGAAGGUAUAUAACUCGACGUAGUUGAUGUUUUAUGAAAGUUACACAGGACGGGAGUUUUUUUUUUUUUUUUCCUUUUUAAGGAUGUUUUGUGUUCUAUUGUAGUAUUUAAGAUUCUGAUGUUUGAUAAGUGUCGAGGAAUUAAUAAUAGAAGAGAAGUGUAUUUGUUAUUUGUUUAAAGCCUAUUAUGUAGUUUGUAUUUGGAACCUCAGGAUUGCUGCAUAUGCUAAUGCCUUGGCUACUUCAACUUCC